AUGUACAUGCGCGACUUCGUUGAAGACGACGAAUUCUGGGACGAAAAUUGUGUGCUCUGUGAUUUUGCCACCGCGUGCAGGAAUGGAUACUCGCCAGAGAAGGACAGCAGGCCUGUCGAGUUCAUUAUCGUUCAGGCGCGCUUCCACUACAAUGCCAGGACGCCUGACGAGCCUUGGCAUAUCACAGUCGACUUUGGCACCCGUACCACAUGGAACAAUGGCGACGGCUUCUUCCGCCAGGGUUACCACAUCUAUGCUAAGAAUAAUGAUAUAAAACAGGGAUAUGCAGCUUAUAGCUCACCUAUCAACAGGCAGCCAGUUGGCAGGAUAAACCGUAAUGGUGCCGAGCCGGGAACGUCGACCUCAGUAGACAACAUGGAAGCCCCCAACUGGAUACCCUGGGGCACGAGAGACUACUAUCGACAUCCCAACUCCCGGGGAUAUUUGCACAAAACAGCUCACCGUAGCCUCAAACCCCCAACGGUCCUGUCCGAGGCCCGAGCUCGGAAAAUGCCUGGGGAUAAGCGCAAGAAAAGGCACCCGAUCCAAGAUGAGCUUGAUGACAUGAUCAGCUGUAUUCACGACGGAACUUUGAAACCGGCGAUCCCAGCCAAAGGGAAUUUCAUGGUCCCUGGCCUCUCCGGAGACCUGAUACAUGUCCGCCAAGCAGUCCUAGACUUCAAAAAGGCAGGGAAAGAACUUCCUGUUGCCUGGCAUGUGGUUCUGCAACGCUUUCAUGAAUCCAGACGCCGCUUAAAGAAGACUGCCAGAGCCCUCGGUGCGACCCGUGCUCGGUUGGCCUUUGACAAGACCAGGAGGACCACCAGGACCACAACGCGGUCUCGGGAAGGCCCUCUGAAGUCUAAAAGAUUGAACGGGACGGAAAGAUCCUUUCGGCCAAAAUCCAAGAUGCAUGCUUCGUUGGAUGAGUCCCUCGGUGCCCGCCGAGAUCGUCCGGGGACUGAACGGCCCCAAACAAAUGGCAGUAGCAUGAAUAAUGUGGACGGGGGAGCAAGGCUGAAAAGUCGGCCCCGAGCAACGGCGGGGUCUCCGAAGCCCAAAAGCUCAGAGGCAACAAAGCCAGGAUCAAGUCCCAAGCUCACGAUCCGUGACCCAUUCGAUACAGAUGCCGGCGCCCGCCAGGGUGUUUCGGCGUCGGGGGAGCUCGACUCAAAAGCUAGCCGCGGGAAGAGAUUCGGGAAGCCGCCUGGCGACGGAAAAUUCGAACCCAAAGGCCGAUCCCGAAGAAUUAUGAGGCGCCCCAAAGGCACUACGAAGGAUUUUGACCUGGGACACGCCUUGUUGAAUGCGGCGACUGAGCCAGGAGUAUCCACCCACCAUAGGCAGGGGCCAAAGGCAAACAAGCCAGAUUGGGGCGAGGGUUCAGCCCGGCCACGCACGAAACGUUUCCAGAAGUCCUCGUUGGGCAAUUCAUUGUUGAACUGGGGCAGCCCAGUCUCAAGUGGGGGUGGUCGGUCCUCUCCGGCGCCCAGCUCGCCGAACAGGAGACCCGGAACAUCUGGACGCCAGGAGAGCGGCUCAGACACCCGCAAAGCCGGCAAGAAGAGGGGCUCGCCCCUGCCGCCCGCGGACGCUGACCUGGUUUCGGAAAGUGGGAAGAAGACGAAGGGCCCGUAUAAGGCACAGCGGCCCAGGCAGACGCGAGCCCUAAAGACGACGCCAGCGUGGGUGCUGCCGCGAAGUGGGCAAGAAGCCACACUCUAG